AUGAUAGGAAUGAUAUUGAACGUUGCGCACGGUCAGGUGACCGUGCAAAACAACAACAAAAAAAAGCCAACGAAAACAUAAAGCAAGGCAGUCUAAGGUCCUGUUUACAAGGAGCGAGGGUUACCCUUGUGCUAGGGUAACCCUAGCAAGCAGGUUAAAGUUAGCUCUGGUUUAAAAGAAAAUUUCACAGGUAGGGUUACCCUAUCACCUGGGUCAACUUUACCAGCUUUGCUGACGUGUUUCGUCAUGCGUGACAUUCUUUGUAACGGUCCAAGAUUUGAAAUAAUCUUGAAGUUCUCCAUGGAAAACACGUUAAAUUCACGAAAAAAAGGGAACAUAUUUUCCAGAUUUUUAUAAUUAAGCUAAGAAAUUGGAUAAUACUGUUCAAAUUGGCACAAUUACUGGUCACGCAUGACGGCGGAAAGUUGACCCGGGUAGGCGAGUUAUCCCUAGCAGAGCGUUUACAACGCAGGUAGGAUAACCCUCUUGCCAGGGUAACCCUUGGCUACCUGCCUUUUAGACACGCCGUGUGAAAAAAGAAUAAAUAUGCGAGUGCUGUUGGAUUAACCCUCUUGCACCAGGGUUACCCUCCCUCCUUGUGAACAGAACCUAAAGGUUUUCAUAAACCAUUCAUUUUCACUUUAAUAACUAAGUUUUACCGUUUUUGCUUUCCUUUCGUCAGGCAAAACUGUAUCUCAAAGGUAAAAAACACUUCUGCUCUAUUGCUGCGGACGAUAAACUCGCUUUGAUAGGUGUGGUUAACAUACCAGCCAAUGACGCAAGAUCUGUAGCAGUUCCUAUUGUUCCCAAGAAAAUUGGAGAGAUUCCAGUACAAGUGUCGUCCAUUCUUCAAAUUAAAGUUGGUAACAGCUACAUGAAUUCGGCUGGAGAUGCUGUGACGAAAACACUUUUUGUUUUGGUAUGUGCCUUGGAGUAGGUACCUAUUUCUUCUGCGUUCCUUUUAUUCCUAAAACAAAAUUAUCAGCUUUAGACAGCGGUGUCGUUUAUUCUUCAUAUGAAAUUGGUACAUAAAUUAUGUCUGAGAUUCUUUGAGGACUGAACACCGUCUCCUUUUCAUUUGUAAGUCAGUUAAGGUUUAACUUGUGCGUUGCACUCCGUAUCCCUGAAACCUAAUGCUCCCACUCACCUGCUUUUGUUUCUUGAUGUGACUGAAGUCCAGUAGGUAAAAUGGUGUCUGUAAGAAUAAACGGCAAUGUCUAAAAUCAUAUCAAUUUUUUGAGGCCGGCUAGUACUCCAUGGUUUAAAAAAUUUAAACAAGCCCGAGGGAAACUUGGCGGUUUUGUGUGCCGAGCGGCCGAAUGAGGGGUGAAGCCGUGGGUAGAAUGGGACGAAAACAACGAGAAACAGCGGGUUUUUUCUCACGGCUUCAAUGUUUGUUAGCGCGCGCUUCUCGCAGGUUGUCGCAGCUUUCUCCCCCCCCUCGCCAAGAAAAACUAGACAUACCGCCAGCACGCAGGCAGAUCGUACUGCAACAACAGUUGUUCCAAAGAAAACUGGAGGAAUCGGAAUAGUGAUGUGGAGGCUAUUUUUCAAGUUAAAGAUAUCAUUGGUAACGUAAUUGGCCAAAUAUGAAUUCGGGUGAUCGAAGACGCUGUACUUGGAGAAAACAGUGAAAGCUUUUUUUUGUAGCCGUUUGUGGAUUAUAUGGAAGUAAGCUGGUUCACGUGUUUAAGACACUUUCUGGCAACAGUACACUUCAGUUGUUACCGUUGCGAGAUAUAUUAGGUCAAAACUAGACAUUUUUCAACCGUGACAAAUAUUCAUCUUUUGAUAAUACUGUAUAUAUACCCAUCCUAUGAAUAUACCUUUAGGGUUUUACAGUCAAACCAGGAAAUCUGUGAACAGUAGAAAUAUUUCUGGAAUGUUAUUGUGUUGCAAGGAAAAAGCCAAUCUGGCGUGAGAAAACUAAACAGCAAACAAGAACGUUAAUUAGUUUGUGGUUUGUGGCUUGCUCUGAUGUCCUGAUCUUUGCUGUGAUUGGUCUUGACACAAUAAACAUUCUUGAAAUAUUUCAAGUGUCCACGAUUUUCCCGGUCGCACUUUUAACAUCUCUCUUUAUAACGAGAUCGGGGGUGGUCACCAAAGCUCACCAGCUUGGUCGCUAUUUUGGAUGACGUCAUAGACACUCAGUAUUUCCAUAGUGCGUAACCAUAUUUUAAAUAGGCGUCGAUAAAACCCGGAACACGGAACAUUCCGGAACAUUCCGGAGCAUGCCGCAACAUCCCGGAACAUGAAAAAAUAGAAAUGAUUUUCUUAAAAAUAUAAUUAAUGAAAUAAAAUAAUAAUAAAAAAAACAUUUUUUUGUAAAAAUUAAUUAUAACAAAAUUACAUAAAAUAACAAAAAGAAAAAAAAAAACGAAAAAAAAAAAUAAUAAUAUAGAGAAAGAAACUGUAUCAUCUCCGAGUAUGAGAAAACAUCGAUCAAUUUUGAAUUUAGAAGCCAGCCUUCACUCAUUACUAUCCGUUUGCAUGGACUCUCAAUCGCCCAACAAACUAUUUGCGACAAAAUAUUGUUUUCUCACACUCGGAGAUGAUACGAGUUUCUUUUUCUUUAUUUCUUUAGUUUUCGCUUUUUUUUUGUUAUUUUACUUUAUUAUUAAUUUUUACAAAAAUUAUUUUGUUAUUAUUAUUAUUAUUAUUAUAAUUAUUAUUAUUAGUAGUAUUCUUUUUCAUGAAAAUUAUUUUUAUUUUUUCAUGUUCCGGAAUGUUCUGUGUUCCGGGUUUUAUCGACGAGCAUGGUAAAUUACAUUUAUUUAUGAGUUAUCUACUUAAGCCAAACUUCGACUUGAUGUAUUGUAACAGACGUGGACUAACUGAAAUUAGUAAAAUCCAACUAGUGGUCCAUUAUCAAUGCUGCGUUCUGAUUGUUUGAGCUACCACUAGGCUAUAUGUUAUAGUUCUAUAUAUUUAAAUUUUUUAACCUUAUUUUUCGUCUCCCUUUUUUUCCUUAGCCAGAAGGAAAGGAACACCAAAAGUCACAAACUUUUAUUCUGGAUCCUACGGGUAAUAACUAUAUUAAUGUUUUCCCAACUAACAACUGCUGCAGCCGCUCAAUAGUUGAACAUCUCAGUAAAGUCUAUCAUUUUGUUAAAUAUUAAAUAUUGUUUACUCAUACUUAGUUUAGCCUGUUCCAGACUCCAAUAUAUUGAAAAAUAAUGUGCGGAUGCUAAAAAACUCGUGGGGGCUGGGCACACGCUUGUUUUUUCGACGGCCCCACGUUCUGUUUGAUCUAUGAGAGCCUGGCGCUAGCUGCUACUACUACUACUACUACUACUACUACCACCACCACCGCCACCGCCACUGCUACUGCUACUGCGACUACUAUUUCUAAUAAUAAUGCCGUUAUUGACCCUCGGCAGUACUUAUAGCACGAAUGCUAGUGGGGCCGAGCAAAUGCCUGAAAUUACAAACAAUUUAAAUUGAACUUAAGAGGGUUAAGAAUCCCAACUGGCUGGAGGCAAACCAGUUGGCUAUUUACAAGCAUGGCCGAGGAUUUGAACUCGGGACUAUCGUGAACAAAUCCAGCUAGCGGUCAGAGCGGGACUUGGCCACGCUGCCUCCACAACUAUGCUUGCUGGCUUAAAAUAAUACCAAAAGCGAAAACGUUUCAUGAACUUUCAUUGUUGGCCUUUUCAUUUCAGGGUAUCUUACCGACAAUGCUAGCAGUGGUGGAAACAGACCAGUAAGGCCCACUCAAACGGCGUUUCAAAGUAAAAGUACGCGUUUAACCAUUGUUAUGCCACUAUAAAUUAAAAAUUAAGUGUUCAUAAAGAUGCAGUAACUAAGAAGUACAGACUUACAGACUGGAGGCACUCAGUUGAGAAGUUCAUCAAGAAAGUAAAAAAAAAAUGUUGAAACAAAAAGUUAAUAUUAACGUUAAAAGCCGACGUUUUCGGUAUCAUCAUGACACCAUUCUCAAGGCAAAAUGAACAAAUAAUGCGAAGAUUUGAUUUCUAUAGUCUCUACAAAUUAGCAUAAUAUCAAAGGAUCACAAAUUCUUCAAGUGAAUACCUUUGCGCGAAUCGAGUCCGCUUGCACGUUUAGGGAUGGUUUGGGUUUUCUUAUAAAGAGUAUCUCCUUAAUUAGGCAAUCAAAUUUGUUAGAACCUUUAGUGAGCACUUGAAAUUGUUCUGAAAGAAAAGGUGGUACGUCCGAGUUAUGUUCGCUGUUUUAGACCCCGUUUACAUGGAGUGGGGGACCCCGGUCUAGUGGGGUAAGUUUCUUUUGUUUUCACGCUCUGGGGGACACAAAACAAAAGAAACUUACCCCACUAGACCGGGGUCCCCCACUCCAUGUAAACAGGGUCUUAAGACAAUGUUUAUAAAUUGACGACGAUUUCUGUUUGUGUCCAUCAACGCGUUCGUGAAGGUGGCCGCGAGUAUAACCAACAUAUCCUGCACCGCACAGGUUACAUUGAAAUUGAUAAACUAAACAUUGUUGGUUAACAAUGGCUGGCUUGACUUCUCGAAAUUUAAGGUCUUCGUUGAGUUUUCUGCUGAUGAACACGGGCUGAAUAGUGGUCUUGAUUUUUAAGCUGAGGUCUGUGAGACGUUUUUUCACUAUAUUAGCAGAGACCUGAUCUUUAAAUGGUAUGACAACUCGGAUGGGGGCUGGAGUCGUGUCGGUUGAUGGUGGUCUGCCACCUUGGAAUCUACGAAUUGUUUGACAGCCAGAUUGAAUAGGUGCCUCGGGUACUUAAGCUUUAAGAAUACAGUCUCAAGCCGAUUGCAUUCUUGUGACAAGUACGACCAGUCGGAAGAUAUGCGGUAAGCUCGAUCUAACAUGGUGGUAAUUAGACUGCGCUUGUACCGAUUAUCCACGUGGCUCUGAUAGUGGAGUAAAAGGCCCGUAUUAGAUGGUUUUACGUAGACCUUGGUCUUGAUUCUGGGAGCUAAGCUUAAUAGUUCAACACCGAUGAAAGGAAGCGAGGCAUUCCAAUGCAAAUUAAGGAGAUGCUCUUUAUAAGAAAACUCAAACCAUCCCUAAACGUGCAGGCGGACUCGAUUCGCGCAAAGGUAUUCACUUGAAGAACUUGUGAUCCUUAGUUAUUAUGCUAAUUUGUAGAGACUAUAGAAAUCAAAUCUUCGCAUUAUUUGUUAUUUGGGCGUGGCCCAAAUAGAGUAAUGGAAACGGCUUGUUUUGACGCAAAUGUGCAAUAGGCACGCAAUACGUGCUAACGUAAACAAGGCAAGUAAACAAGCGAAGCGAAGCGAAUGUCUGCCAUGCGAACGUCUUGUACAAGGUAAGAGGCUUUUGGGAAAGAAAGCUCUGCUAGCGAACGGCAGUUAAUCGCACUUUUACGAUCUCAAAAGUUAAUCUGAAUCUUCAAUAUUUUUGCCUCAUCGAAAUUUGGAAGUCUGAAGUCCAGGGAUGAAAUCUAUCAAAAAUAUUUGGAAUAUUAACGUCGGGUUUUGGUCACAAGCAACGAACCUUGAAACACAGAAACUCAAAAAACGGAUCGAAAUCCAUCAAUCACAAAUCAUAAACAAUGACCUUUUGAACCCGUUGAAGAAAACUUUCGUUUCCUAAGAGGUCCGCUAAGAUGAUUGACGUCUGACAUUUUUUUGAGGAGAGGAUCGAAAUGCACCAAUCAUAGAAAGACAGUUUUAAUUGCAUGUUUCCUAAGAGGUCAUCUGAAUUUGCUGUUUUCUUUAUUUUAUGUCCAUUUUCUUUUCCUUAUUUUGUGAUUGGUCGAUUUUGUAAGGUCGAGUGGAUAAUCCAAUGAGGGACGCAGGGGGGACGAUUUGGAUAUCGUUUGAUCCGAAAUUUUUCGAAGCAGCAGUGAGAAGCAGUUUGGAUAACAUUUGGCCGCGGCGUUUCGAGGAAAAUGUUAUUAUAUUGUUCAAUCAUGUUAUCCCGGGUUAAACUUGCAAAUGCACACACUGUUCGCGGUAGGCCCACACUAAAAAAUAACACUGAGAGUUUUCGGAAUGGGCUGGUCCGCGAACUCAAAGAAAAACAAAGGAAAUUAUCAAGACAUUCAAUGACAUCAAAGACUUUUAGUGGACCCUAUAGACGUAAUAACAAAUCGGAAUAUCAGGAGUGUACGUGUUAAAUGGAUAAGAGUUUGAACAGAGGAAUGUUGAACAAGUGUGAGUGUCGAAAGAUUUGUGUAGCUGGUUAUCAGUGUGACAAUAGUGAUUUUGAUUUUUGCAUUGCGGAACACAGCGAGUUGCCUGUGGUAAAAAUCUGUUUCGAUGAAGGAAGAGACGAUUGUCAACAAUUGAAACCAAAAGGGACUGAGACUUCUUUUGGAACUACUGUGAUUACUGCAACAAUUCUUUUUAUUAUUUCAAUUUUGUUUUAGCAGGGUGACGGUUAAUGUACUUGUUUUUGUAUUGCGUUUUGUGUUUUUUCAACUAAUUGUGUAUGUUGUGACGCGCGGUACAUGUACGAUGCUGUGCGUCGGGAUUUUGCAUUAUCAGCAAGUUUUGUGUUAGAGUGUUUUGAUGGCAGCGAGGUGACGACAAGAGAAGGUAAUGAGCUAGUUGUACAGAAGGAAAAUUGUGUUGUGGAGGAAAUAAAAGAAGUUGAAUUGAGAUCUCGUCGUGGGAAAUUUAUUUAUAAAAGAACUUACAAAUUAGGUUAGUCAAUUAUAUUUUCGGCAUGACAAAUUACCAUUAAGUCGAGACUGUAAUAGACCAUUUUACAGUUGUGGACUUAGUACCCUAGCCUUCGAGUGAAUGUGAGGCUGACGGUGACCUUGUUUUGAUACAAACCUCCUUUGCUUUGUUAUGGAAAUUGUCCCUGAAAAAUACUAGUUAGCAUAAGAAUAACUUGAUUUACAUAAUAAAGCAGGAAGGUUUGUACCAAAACAAGGUCGCCGUCAGCCUCACUUCCAUCCAUAACUGUAAAAUGGCCUAUUCGAAACUCGCGUUGUUUUCAAAAUUUGCAUAAAUCGGGCGCUGCGAAGAAAUAUUUAGGUUACAAGCGCUUUGAAAUACUGUACCUUCAGAACGGCAUAGCUUUUACUUGUUGUGCUAUCUUUCAAAACUAUCGAUCGAUUCUAGCUCAAAAACUCUCAAAGCAGCGGUUUAAAUGUUAAAGCUCGUGGCUGGUUUGUUUUCAAACGAUUUAGGAUGGAUCGAAUCGACUUUGGAUCGAUUAUUAUUUUAUCAGCUUGUGGUAUGAAAGAAAUGUUUUUCUUCUCGAUAAAGUUCACUCAACAAAUUUAGAAAGAUUUACUUGACUUUUCAUUUGUGGAACGAACUGAUUUUUUGUGGAACGAACUGACUGUUUUAUGGAACGAUCUGACUAUUGAUUGGACGAUCUGACUUGGAACGAUGUCAACGAUCUGACCAUGAAACGAAAUGACCGGUUACCUUCAUGCCCCCAGCAGACUACCGAUGAACAAAUUAAAAUCUUUGUUACAGAAAACACGGAAAGUGACUCUUUUUUAUGGAAGACUAUGCGGAGGUGUGAGGUUUUUACUUAAGGGGCAACUCCAAAACUAGUUCGUAAACGAGGGAAGGUGUAUCUGUCGUCUAAGCAUCAGAGCACAGGCGAUUUAGGUGGAAUGAGAUAUCCAAAUAGGCUUCUAAGUAAGAAUUUGCCUCUCUGUACAUGUAAUUUUCCAUUUUAUAGUGCUUAACACAGUUUGAAUCACCGGGUUAAUUUUGGCCAAUUUAAGCUUUGUACUGAUAUAGAGAAGAAUCCAGGAACCUCAGUUUAUGUAGAUGCUACAAAAACAGUUAAUGCUCCAUACUGUCAAGGAAAUGUUACAGGAUUUGGGGAAAAUGGUGGACAACGAUGUGUCGCAAUGAGUCUGUGCGCUUUAAUUUACAGUAAGAUAACAAAGAUUACUUCAGUUUAUAUGACCCAAAUAUUGAUUGUUGGUACUCAAUUAUAUUCUAGUCUGUCACUGCUUGCAAGACAGUCUAUGUUCAAGUUAACAGAAUUGCCAGGAAUGGUUACAGUGUUUGAGCAAUUUUUCCACCUUGAAUACAGUUACAGUUAUACUUGUAACAUCCUUCGCUACUGUAUUAGCCUGAAUUUCAUCCGAUUACUUCGAGUCGUUAUUACUCCCUCAGUAACGUCCGGAAUCGACCGGCCGUUAAUGCCGUCCAGUGACGUCACUACUCGUUGCCCAUUGCUUUAAUUCAUGCAAAAAGUAAACACGAUAUUCAAGUGGCAAACCGAGAAAUAUCGUUUGGAAAUGUCUGCAUGAUACAGAACUGCUUUAUGUUUUUCGAUUGUAAUUCAUGUUUACCGUUCAAACUAUCAACUGCAUGCAGCACAACUCUGAACCGGUUGUACUAAAUUCUGUAAUCAAACUCGGUCGCAAUCACGCAAUGAAAUAAACACACACACGGAACGCUUAGUUCAAAAACACAAUGAUUUGCUUUAAUUGAAAAGAAGCUAUUUGGUGCUUAACGAAGAAAAAAAACAAGGAGACAAGAAAGAAAAGCUAAUAGAAUCAUUACACUUGACGGUAAAAAUAGCAAGAAAGUCGAAUUAUAACAUUGAUCUCAGAAAACUUCGCGUAAACAAAAUCACCGGCCGCCGAAACCACAAAGCGGCUCUAAAUAAAAAACCUACCGACUCUUUGCAAUGAUUCUUCAUUCGCAGUUCAAUUUAGCAUUUCAGUUUCAAAGACAAGGGCAAUUUUGCUGUUUAAGAUAAAGAUUAAGCUUAUCGAAAUGUUUGAACUAAACGAAAGAAUGCCAGGGAUGCGAUCCGCUCGCUGAAUAUCAAGCGACAAUUCCGCUAAAAUUUUUCAUAAUUAUACAUAAUUAUGCGAAUGUUUAGACAAUCAACCAAUUAAAAUCACUACCCGGGUUUCGGGUAGUGAGUGACGUCACUGGACGGCAUUAACGGCCGGUCGAUUCAGACGUUGUUGAGAGGAGAAAACGACUCGAAGCAAUCGGAUGAAUUUCAGGCUACUACUGUAUAUGCCACUCACAGGUUACAGCAUUUGAAACACUCUCGGCACUGAACUACAACUCAUUCAUUUUAAUGGUGGCAAUUAUUGGUGUUAGCAUCUACAGCACUGAGGCUGGGGGAUAUAAUGUAUUUGAUUCUCUUACUAGAGAUAUGUAUCAUAACAGUCAUAGUGAAGGGACAUGUGUAUUGUUGGAAAUACCAUCCAUGUAUAAAUUAGUACAAUAUUUUCAGACUCUACAUACACUUUUAAGUUCAUAUAUAUCCUCAUUCCUACAUAUUUCCACCUUUGAACCUCAUCUUUUCUCAAGCAAUGUUGAAAAUUGUAGUAUAUCAAAUGUUAAUAGUUACCAAUGUUCCUGUAAACAGUGCUACAAUAUACCCUAUAGCAGUUUAUGCAAUGUAUUACUCUCUUAUUAAUCCUGUGAAUACUGGACUUAAGGAACUUUAUUUGCCCUUGUUAGUAGCCGGAAUACACUGUACAAAGUGAUGGGUGUGAAAACACAUCUGUCAGUAUCAGUGGAGCUGAGAUAAACCUUACUCUCCGGGCUGUAACCACUUAUGUCCUAUGUUGAAAUUUGGCUCCAAGCAUGUCUGCAUUGAAGAUGCGCAUAUUUUCAAACAUUGUCGUGAAAUGACGCUAUUUUUGUUGUGGACUGGGACAUACUGUAUAAGCUGUGUGGUUCAGCAAACAAGUGGAGUAAAGGAUUUGUCUUCUCUGGUAAGAUAUGAUGACAGUUCUUUAGCUGCAAUAAGGCAUGUUCAAAGUAUCAUACCCGUAGUACGACCACGCCCAGAUAUACGCUCACACAGCGUCUUGUUCAUUUUGCCUUGAGAAUGCUGUCAUGAUGAUACCGAAACGUCGGCUUUUAACGUUAAUAUUCGCUUGCUUAUGUUUUAAGAAAUCGUUAUUGAUCAAGAAACAAAAAGUUAAGUUGAAAAAAUAUCAUCUUUCCCAAGAUCCUACAGGGUGUAUUUGGUAUUUUGAAAACUAACCUAACGAAAUUGCAGUCAUUUCAGUGAAAAGGCGUCAAAGGUUUCUUAAGCCCGAGAAGCUCCAAAAUCAUAGUAACGAAGGAAAAGGAAAGGAGAAAAAGAAAGAGCGAGGAGAAGGAAUGGAGGAGAAGAAAAAAAGCAGUGGUCACACUCUUAGUUUUUAUAAUGACUACUUUAAAGAUAAUUUUUGGCCGAAUAAAACUGUUGGAAGCAAAAGGUCCAUUUGGCAAUAACGUUAUCAAAAAUCCGGUGAGAUAUACAUUUGGCUAGAUCAUGAUUGGUCCCAUAAACACGUAAUAGAAAUUGCUUGAAUGUUACUGAUGUCUCAUAACCUAGGGAGCCUAUCAUUGCGAUGAAAUUAUUUGCACACUUUCAAGUUUCCCUGAAUCUUGUUAGUUUCGAAAACGUUUGGACCAGGAUAAAAAAGAGGAAUGAAGGGGAGGGUGAGUGGAGAAAUUGGCUGGUGGGGGUGCUACCCUCGAAAUGAUCUUAAGAGAAGCACACUGCCCCACCAUGUCAAGGUGGUGACCCCAUUCCAAGAGACUUUUUUCUGUACGCUGUAUCUUAAGUUAUCUCAAAGUGUGAUUUAUAAUGCUCAUAAAUAGUCUGAGUUGUUUUCAUAGGUAUCCUUCAUUUUUUUUCAAUGAGGUAAACCAAAACUAAUUAAUACGUUACUAACCCAGCCCAUUUAACGAUUUUACCUUAGAAUCAUUGCGACGGAAAGGUCCCCUUCACGUCGUUGAACUUAGCAUUGAUUUGGAGUCCCACAAGGAUGCCGUUACUGGAUCAGUUAGGGCUUUCGUUUACCUUACAGGUGAGAAUUAUCAAAUCAAAGCCGUGACAUGAUGUGAAGACGAGAGAAAAUAAUAGCCGACAGAGAGGGAAUCUUAGGGCGUUGGCCGGGAUAUGUGAAUAGGCAACGUUCGAUAUAUUUUAUCGAACAAGACUCAAAGGCUUUAGACACAAAACUGCAAAUUUCCACGACUCUGUUGUUUUGCGAUUCCCAGAAGAGACUUAGGCUCAAAGAAUACCAAAUCAAAUAAAGAAAAAUGAUCAGAAAGACUCGGAGUCAUGUUAUAUUAAUAUAUCGAACGUAGGUAAUUAGGAUGCAAUUAAACGGAAGUUUAUUCCUGAAACGUCCGCACGUUUUAAUCGAUUGUUUGAAACGUCAUUAAGUCAACGUGAAAUUCACACAUCCCAAGGGCUAGACUGGGAUUUUCCCUCGUUCCAUUACUCUCUCCUGGUGAAGACUAUUUUUCUAACCAAAUGUCUCGUACGGGUUGCUUUUAGUAAUCAUUGUUAGCAAACGUGCAUUCCAUACCGGCAAAAAAAAAUACUACUUACCGAGUAAUCAUCAUUCGUUUUGAUAGGAAAGGGCGAUAAAGUGAAAGGAAGGACACUAAAUCUGAGAGUGAAACUCGCGUCUGAGAUGGACUCCCACUGGAAACCACCCGCGAUCCAUAUUACCAAAGAAAACGCUCUGCUACGAAGACAAUUUGAUGUAAGUAGAAUUUUCGAUUCUGUUUAACACAUUUGAAAGCAAAGAUCUAUCAGAUUUACGAGAAGAAAUCUAGCUACUUUUUAGUCAAAAUUUGUUCGAUUUCGACUAUGGGUAAAUUUAUAAUAAUAGUUAAUAAAAAUAGCCGGAAUUGAGAUAUUUCUGCCGCACGAGAGGAGCGGUGACUGAGGCCAGUUCAGCAUGGGUAGAUGGAAUCAGAAUCAGAGUUCCAUAUAUACUUAAAUCAGAGAUUCCAGCCCCGUCAACUACAAAAAGGGAAAUCUUAGGAGCGGCAUAGCCGCUACCACGAACGCCGACGGUGCGAGCCUGUAGGGGGUCCGGGGACAUCUUAAGAUAUGUGCCUCUAGUUCAGGUAACAGGUUGGUCUCCUUUUAUAAAUAGGUGACGAGGUACCUCGGUGGAAAAUUGAAUGUAACGGCUGAAGGGACUGGAAUUGCACUACUUGAGGUAAUUGCAUCAUUAUUGUAAAUUGUCCUUUUAGUCUCUUGAGCACUGAAUUUAAGCGUUCUUUAAUUUUUUUUUUUUAUGUUUCGAUUCCUGCGUGCAACUUCCAUCAAAUGCUUAUUUGUUAACCUUUUGAGAAGCCAUAAACAAAAUCAAAUUCAAUUUUGCGGCACAAAGAGUUUGUAGUACCCGUAACUUUACCGCAAAUUCUUUGCGAUGACAGUAUAACCAAAUAAAAAUAUGCUGACGCUGGAAAAUACCCAAGCUCCUCUUCAAUAAUUAACGGAAGAAAACUUUCAAAAAAUGCCUUAAAGAGGAAACUAAAACAAACACUUUUUGAGAUCCUAGCUUCAGAAGACUGUUAUAUUGAUCUCCCAGAAAUCGUUCAAAAAGUUAAGUUGAAUUUAUUUUCCUCUUAGUUGAUAUGUAAUCAUUAGUAUCGUUCAGCGUAUCAGUAUAGUCUCUUGUCAUAACUGUCGUCAUUUAUUAUUAGUAAAUACCAUUAGUUUAUCAGUAGUCUCCAGUCAUUGUUGUCAAUUUUAGUUUCUUUAGUUCUCUUGUUACUUUUAGCUGUAUUUAGUUGUAUUUAUUUCCUGUAAACACGCAUGACCCGCCUAGAUUAGCUUAGCUACCCGCGGGCAUGUUAUCGUACUUUUACCUCAAAACACAAUAAAAUAAAAUGUAUGUAUGUAAUGUAUGUAUGCAAGAAAUGGCAUACUCCUCAAGGAAACGGUUUUGUCAGUUUUGACUAUAUAAUUUUUCAAACUCCAGGUGCUAUUGCAUGUUUUCUUUCCUAGCUACUUAUAUUAUCAUCGUUAUUGAAACCUUACUUGCCAUUUUUAAAGGUGGACAUCCGCUAUAAUCUUCCUACAACCCGUGAUGAAAUCUGCAAGUUUGAUGUGACAACCACAGUUAAAGAAACCAAACAGCAAAAACCUGGCCCUGUUCAAGUAAAACAACGGAACAAAAAAGGAAGAGGAAAUCGGUGUAAAGGGAAAAAUAAGAAUAAGAAAAAAUGUAAAAAAGGAAAAAAGAGGCAACCACCGAAACCUCCACCUGUGAAGAGUAUUCUGUUGAAAGUUUGCGCUCGGUAAGUUAUGGUAAAUAAAACUCUGGGAGAGCUGUCCUUCAGCGCAAUAACUGGACCGUUGAAGUUCCAUAUCGACUCCAUAGCUUAAUGGAUAUAGUCGAAUACGGAUCGUUUAGGGUGACUCGGAGCUGGCUUAUUACUGUCAAUCAGAAAAGAUAGGGUUCUAAAUGAUUUGUUUACCUCGUAGGUAUAAGGAAAGAAGAAAUACAAGUAUGUAUAUCAUGGAUAUUGGCAUUUUAACAGGGUUUAAACCAGACCAAAUGUCUCUGCGAAAGGUAAUUUUCCAAUAUAUGUUGCAAUAGACCAAUUUCGAUUUUUUAAAAGUUAACCCAUUCUUGGCUCUGAGGCUUGGGGAAAUAAAACAAAAGAAUUUAUUAAUCAUUGCUGAGCCUUCAGAUGAUUUCUUUUGUUUUAUUUCCCCAAGCCUCGCAGUCAAGUAGGAACUCUAAUAUAUCGAAAUUGGUUUAUUACUGUCCUUUCUUUAACCUUGUAUAAUUAUAACUCAUAACUAUAAUUACCUAUAGUUAAAGAGGGUAACACCAAUUAAUGUAAAUGUAUUCUCACUGGUGGCCCUGUAACUGCACUGCGCAGCUACCAAGAUCAUGGCAACGGCGUCUACGUCCCCUACUUGUGUUGAACAAUGUCAGGGGUUCCUUGACAUCCCUUCUAUAACUGAUGUGUAAAGAUGAUGGAGAAAAUGCCAACAGCGUAAUCUCACCGCCUAAUGACGGUCCUUACCGCGCGCUUUCCCGUCGUCAAAUGACGUUCCCUUUCUGUUGCUAAAUCGGCUUAAUGUCUCCCGUUCAGAAGACGAGCGCUCUUCAAUUGAGUUAACUGGGCGGUAAUAUAUCCAAAGCAACGCUGUGUUCCCCUUAAUGGGGGGUUCCGCCCGAAAGCAGUACCUUUUUCAGGCUUCAGGUAUAUGAAAUGGUAGGGAUUUCAUUAAUUGGAGGUUAUGAAAGGGUUAAGAAAAUCAUAUCUGUCAUUUCGGUUUGUAAAAGGAUCAAAAAGUAGAUGCAUUUUAUGGAUAUGAAAGAGACAUGAAAACUUCCUGGUUUAGUGAUAAGAUAAAUGUAUUUAAAAAAGGCGAUGCAAUUACAGCAGUUAAAAGGGAUGCAAUGCUCUAAACAAGCUAAGUGAAAGGGGUAGCAUUUUUCAGUAGAAGUUUUGCGAAAGGGGUACUUUUUUCUGUAAAAAGUGGUAUACAAAGCUAAAGGGGUGAGAGGUUGGACUUCGGGGGGAAACCUCCCCAUAUAAACCUUCUUUGAGUAACCGCCAAGACUGUGGUCAGUACCGCCAAACAUAGUAACAAGGAAUGCAUUUUUCAGCGUCAUGUAACGCCAUUUUGCCGAUCUACGCUGUUUAAUUUGUCCAGUUCUAAUUCUUACCGGAUUAAACUAUAUACUUCCGAUUUCAUUUGACAGUUGCAAGAUAAUUUGCCUGAAUUGGACAAGUACGAACUGUCAGACAGAUCACUGGUUAUAUACCUAAACCAG